AUGUCAGAGGAUCGAAAGAUCAUCGUCGCGGCGGCCCAGCUGGGACCUAUCCAGCUGGAAACGCCGCGUGAGAAGGUUCUGCAGCGCAUGCUCAAACUCCUAGACGACGCAUCCUCGCAAGGCGUGCGUCUCGUGACGUUUCCCGAGCUGGCCCUGACAACCUUCUUCCCGCGACAUGUGCUCACAGACGAAGCCGAGCUGGCCAAGUUCUUCGAGCCCGAGUCCGAGGGGGAGCCGAAAGCACUACGUGCGAGCCCGAACCUCAAGCCCUUGUUUGACAAGGCUCAGGGCCUCGGCAUCGACUUUGCCGUUGGCUACGCCGAGAGGUGGACCGAUGCCGCAGGCAAGAAGACGGACUACAACACCAUGAUCUACUACUCUGCCAUCGAAGACUCCAUUAUCAGCAAGUACCGCAAAGUGCACCUCCCCGGGUCGUACGAGCCCUUCAACAGACCCAACUUCUCCGAGCAGCUGGAGAAGCGGUACUUUACGCCGGGCGAUCUAGGCUUCCCCGCCUUCCGCGCCCCGGGCCUCGUCAACGACGCCGCCAAGGCCGAUAGCAAGGAUUCCACACCGGGAAAAGGGGACCCGAUCCUCGGAAUGCUCAUCUGCAACGACAGGCGUUGGCCCGAGGCCUGGAGAUGCUACGGCCUCCAGGGCGUCGAGCUGGUUCUCGAGGGAUACAACACCACGGGAUAUGCCCCGCAGAACAGGGGAGACGAGGAGGAGCAGUACGACCUUGCUGUGUUCCACCACCGUCUCUCAUGCCAGGCUGGCAGCUACCAGAAUGCUUGCUUCAGCAUCAAUACUGCCAAGGCUGGCGUCGAGGAUGGCGGUCUGCUCAUUGCGGGGUCCGUCAUAGUGGCCCCGAGUGGCAAGAUUGUCGCCGAGUCCAAAACGCGCGACGAUGAGCUUGUCGUCGCGGAGAUAGACCUUUGCGAUUGCGCGCGCUACAAGAACGGCGUCUUCAACUUUGCCAAGCACAGGAGGGUGGAACACUACUCACCCAUCGUGAACCAGGUCGGUGCGGUGGAGAUCCCGCUAUUGUCUUCCAAGUAG